AUGGAAACAAUACGUCUUAACAAACGAACAAACGAAGAAGGGUCUUCAACCGAAUUUGGGAACAGGAAUACCGUUGGUGGUGAACCGUUGGUAGCAAGUCGGUUCGGUGAGCUUUCAGAAUGUUCGGGCACGAACGAUUCCAUUCGAAAAAAAAGAAGAUUAUCGCUGUCAUCGCCGGAUUCUGCCAAUUUACAAAAAUUUAAAAGUAAUAAUCCAUGUGCUGAAAAACUACCACGUGAGUUUUAUAUUUUUUUUUUUAUUACAAUGCUAUUUUCGUUAGCUGUUGAUUACAGCGACUGCAGUGUUAUUAUUGUCAUGACUCAGAAUUAUAUUAAUUUUAAAUGUAUUGCAUUAUUGAAGUUUUUGAAUUAAUGUUUAUUUCAAAACUAAAAACAUCAGCUGAUUUUAAAUGUGUUCAGGUUCUCAAUACCAAAUAAUUAUACGGGUAGCCUGAAGUAAUUUAUUCGUUUUUCAAUUCAAUUUAAAGAAUACAUUUUAUGGUACUACUAUAAACAAUAGUAUCGAAAUCUGGUUGUGAAAUUGACUACUUUAAAAUGCAUUCGGCACCUGUGUAAUGUGUUUUCCGAAAUGUGCAGGAUUAGUAUGUCUAAUUUAGGUAGAUACAUAAUAGUAUCACCAAUUAAAACUGCUAUAAAAAAUAUCAGUAGCCGGUUGGGUUAAUAUAAUAAUUAAUACUGUAACUAGUGUAAAUAUACAAGUAUUAAACUGUUGUCGUAUUAUAGGUAAUUGUUUUGACUUUCCUGAUAAUGAUGCUUUUGGAAACUACCCCCAUUUUGAUUCAACCCUACCUCCCAUGUCACGAGGUGACCCACCAUCUCUAUUGAACAAUCCGUUAUCUCCGUUGUAAGUAUAUUUGAUAUUAUCGUAAUACUAAUUGUACAGUAUUUGUAUGCAUUAUAAGUGUAAAAUCAAAUAAUUAUAUGAUUAUUCAUGUAUGUAUAGCAAUGAUGACAAUGAUGAUCAUGAUGGAAUUAAUAGUUCUAUGCCACAAUGGUUUAGUAUGCCAUCUUCACCGAACGAGUACAGUUCGUUUUCUCCGUCAUAUAAUUAUCUGACUUCUCCGUCGUACAGUCCGACUUCUCCGUCGUACAGUCCGACUUCUCCGUCGUACAGUCCGACUUCUCCGUCGUACAGUCCGACUUCUCCGUCGUAA